CAUGCCUCUUCAUGGAUGUGAAAUGCCCAGGAUGCCAUAAAAUCAGCACCACCUUUAGCCAUGCACAAAUGACAGUCCAGUGUGUUGGCUGCCCCACUGUCCUCUGUCAGCCCACAGGAGGAAAAGCAAGGCUUCCAGAAGGGUGCUCCUUCAGAAGGAAGCAGCACUAGAAGCACCUGAAUCAAGAUGAGAGG